AUGGAGACCUGGUUGAACCGAUCGUCCACUGAUGACUUUGUCCUCUUGGGCAUCUUUUCCCACAGCUCAGCCGAUCUGGUUCUUUUUUCUGUAGUCAUGGCAGUCUUCAUAGCGGCCCUCUGCGGGAAUGUCCUUCUCAUCAUCCUCAUCUACAUAGAUCCUCGACUACACACCCCCAUGUACUUCUUCCUCAGUCAGCUGUCCAUGAUGGACCUCAUGCUGGUCUGUACUAAUGUGCCAAAAAUGGCAGUCAACUUCCUCUCUGGCAGGCAGUCCAUCUCCUUUGUGGGUUGUGGCGUACAAAUUGGCCUCUUUAUUACUCUUGUGGGCUCCGAGGGGCUCUUGCUGGGACUCAUGGCUUAUGACCGUUAUGUGGCCAUUAGCCUUCCACUCCGCUACCCCAUCCUCAUGAAUCAGAGGGUCUGUCUACAGAUUGUUGGAGGCUCUUGGGCCUUUGGCACAAUAGAUGGUUUGAUGCAGAUGGUCGUAGUAAUGACCUUCCCCUACUGCGGAUUGAGAGAGGUAAAUCACUUCUUCUGCGAGAUGACGUCUGUACUGAAGCUGGCCUGCGCAGACACAUCCCUUUUUGAGAACCUAGUAUUUGCUUGCUGUGUUCUCAUGCUCUUCCUUCCCUUCUCCAUCAUUGUGGCUUCCUAUGCUCGAAUCCUUGGGACAGUACUCAGCAUGUGCUCUACUCAAGCUCGGAAAAAGGCGCUGACCACCUGUUUUUCCCACCUGGGAGUGGUUUCCCUCUUCUAUGGGGCAGCCAUGUUCACUUAUCUGAGGCCUAAGCACUACAGGGUCCCUAGCCAUGACAAGGUGGUCUCUAUCUUCUACACAGUUCUUACUCCUACACUCAACCCCCUCAUUUAUAGCUUGAGGAACCGGGACGUGAUGGGAGCACUGAGCAAAGUGUUGAGUCGUUGUAGGAUUGGCAGCCAGCACUGA